ACAAUAAAGUUAAUGCAAGUAUCCUUAAUGUGUUUUUUAAAUCAGUGUAAUACUUAUUUACUUCAUCAUAUGGUAGUCGAUCAUAGAUGAUAUCUAUGAACCAGUAUCUUUGGGUGGUUUAGGGAUAAAAAAACAACAACAACUGGGAGCCAUUUGGAAGUCGAAGGACUCGGCUCUUAUGGGUGAACUGAGCCGAUUCACUGAAACGAGUCGGAAUUCCCGUCACUAGUAAACAGGGCUUAGCCGCGGAGGCGGAUCGCGUAACGCCGGUUGGAUGGAGGGACCAGCGCGGAGGCGGUGCUUCAGAGAAAGGACAGGCGCUGGGAUUGGUCGGAGUCCUUAGAACGCUCGGUUUUUCCUGGAAAGUUCUUACGAGAAUCUCCUAGGAAAUGCUUGUCGCUAUGCAGUGUUUAUGAGGGGGGAAAAAAAAGGAAACACGCGUCAUAUUUUGCAAUAAAACCUUUUAUGACUAAACACAUCCCCACAUUGCAAAGGAACUUCUUAUGAAAAUGUUUUUGAUCCAUGUGUUUGCUAAAACUGGCUAAAAAUGGGUGUUAUACCUGGAAUGAUUGGGGGCCACUCUGAGAGAAAGUCACUGAUGGCGUCACAGGCGCUGAGACAAGCGCGCUGAUUCGGAGAAAAGCCGUUCCUGGAACUCAUGCGGAAUCAGCUCACCAAAGCCCACAGUUGUUUCGGCUACACACUUUUAGGCUGAGAGCUGCGAUACUGUAAGAGAGAGGCUCGGGGUGAAGGGUUUUAGAUCGCGGCAACACACCGACUCUCGACAAGCACGAGCUCAGGAGCGGCUGGGAAACUUUCAGAGGCGGUUGAGGAACCUGACUGAAGCCUUCACUCAUACGAUGAUCCUCUGUGUUCAAGGUCCCAGAGCUCUGUUAGGAGACUCACAGGCUCAGGUGGUUCCACUUGGGGUUUCGGUCAUCUCUCCCUCAUCAGCACAUUGUCUUCAAAGCUCCCCCAAGUUCUGGGGACCCAGUAAAGACCUGCGCAGCAUCAAAAGCAACUUCUGUUACCUCGAUGCAUCAGGGUGGUACUGGGGCACCAUCACAGCCAGUGAGGCACAUUCACUCCUUGAGGCGGCCCCAGAAGGCACGUUCCUCAUUCGGGACAGCAGUCACCCGCACUACAUGCUGACUUUAUCAGUUAAAACAGGACGAGGCCCCACUAAUGUACGCAUUGAGUACAGUCACGGGCGCUUCCAGCUCGAUUCGAGUUCACCAGCCCGAGCACGUCUGCUCUCUUUCCCUGAUGUGCUGAGUCUGGUGCAGCACUAUGCUACCUCAGCAAGGGGACGUGACACGGCACAGGACAACAAGUGCGAUCCUGUACCUGAUCCACCCCCGGUACCUAAGGAGUGUGCUGUGCUGCUCAAGCUGAAACGUCCACUCCGCCAGCCUCAAGCUUUUCCGUCCCUACAGCAUCUUGCUCGCUUGGUUAUUAAUCAGUAUACAGCCUGCCCAGAGAAGCUACCUUUACCAAAGCUAAUACUGCAGUACUUACAGGAGUACCCUUUCCAGCUCUGACAUCACCAUGGAAACACCAACUAGAACGUAAAAGAAAGGACGCUGAUGUCAUUAUGAAAAUGAUGCAGGUGAAAGCUCAUUUCCAGAGAAAUGGGGCUUUGGCUCACUAACCAAUGGUGUCUAUAUUUAAAGCUCAAGAACACUUUUUCUCUUUGCUUGUUAUGAUUAAUUUAUGCUUUGUUUUUCCCUGUGGGAUAAAUUAGAUUUCCUGUUCCCAAAUAUAGACUAAAUCCGAAAUUCACCGGAAUCUUAAAAGAAUUUAAAAUGACAAACAGAAAGAAGUUUGCAGCUAAUUCUGAUGUUGUCUAUAGGUUAUACUGUAAUAGGUUUCAUUGCGCCAUAUACUUUUGGAUGAACUUUACAAAAGACUGAGACUACUGUGGGUUUGAUUCUCCUUACAGCAUAGCCUGUUCCUAGUCUCAUAUAACUUAUUUACAGUGAUUGAUUAAAAAAAAAAGAAAGCUACACAAUUUUUCCCCAGGGCUUAAGCUACAAUGCUAAUGUAGCUAAGCAAAAUACACACACACUGCUGUUUUAGCAUAGUUAAAACUCCAUGCCUAAGUCAUCACACACUUGCCUAAAAGUAUGGUGUUAUCUGAAAUAGAAUUGUUAUUGUGGUUUCAGACACUGUAUCACACUUACUUGUGUUUUAAAAAAGGAAGGAAAGGAAAAAAGGUCAAAAUGAGAUUGUGACAUUAAAGACAGUAUAAGCAGCCAUUUUGAAGACAGAAUAACUUUUCUUUACUCGGAGAAUAUCGCUCUGCACUACCCUCAGACUUGGACUAGCUACAUUAGCUAGCUACAGAGUGAUACAUACACCAGGAUUUAGCCAAAAUACACAAUGUUUACUUCAGGUUCACUGCUCAGAGGUAGAUUUUAUAGAGAAAAAAAAAUACAACAGAUGUAGGUGCGUUUUUAUAAUACUUUUUUUUUUUCUGAUCAAUGUUUCACAGUUUUUAUGGCUUGUGGCUGUGAUUCCAAGCCAGUUUACUAAUGUAAACAUUCCUCAAAACCUGAGGAAGUCUGUGAAAAUGUUUAGAAGAAUGAUUUAGUUGGUUUUUCUUUGCAUCCUAGAACACAAACACAGCUACUGUAGCUAGUUAACUUAGCACAGCUAGUUAUUGUUUACGUUAGCAAUAUGCUCAGCGUAUAGCUGGUGCACAAUGUUUGAAAACGAAUAUUAAUCAUUUUUCAUUUAAGUUUUUGAACUUAUUAAAUAAACCACCUUGUUUUAGGAAUUGUUAAUAGUAUUACUUUGUCAGAUGAUAUCCUCUAACAAGCGUGUGAUUAUUUUGGAGUUCUGUUUGCACAGUGCUAAACUAGCAACUAGAAGCCUCCCUUACUUGUUGGCUCCAAAACUCAAGAAGCAAAGACCUAAGUAUAAUUUGACAGACUAACAAACAAUUGUGGUUAGGGAAAAUUUGUGUAAAUUUCAUUGUUGUCCUGUCCUUAAAUUCUUACCAUCUAAAGAGAGUCAAGGGUGAAGGACUGCCAGUGAGCUCCACAACAUGCAACAUGGCAGCCAAACACACAACAUUAUUAAGUCAAAACCCUGUCUUGUCUCUCUUUCUUUCCUUCCUUUUUACUUUUUCUACAUGAAAUUCGUUCUGGUACAUACUGCUAUAUAAUCAGUCCAGAAUAAUUUAUUUUUUCUAUCCCCACAAUGUGGGUGUUUGUAUAUAUUUAUGGACAUAGAUCCUUUUUAUUUUGUAAUAAAAGCAAAAUACUGAAACCAUUCAAGCUCUUAUGUGAUCUUCUUAAAUACAUUUAUGUUAAUAAAUAUAUUUAUUUAUUGA